CCCCAGGUGAACCUGACGGCCACCAUGGGCACGCUGGCGGUGGCGGCCGAGGUGGAGGGGGUGGCGCUGCGGGGGGAGGGCGAGGCCCGGCUCUCGUUGUCCUCCCCCCACCUCGACCACCUCAACCGGCAGCUGCAGUUCGUCACCUACACCAACACCCUGUUCCACCCCGACACCGCCGACAUCGUGCAGUUCUCCACCGACGGACACGAGGCCGCCUUCGCCAUCCGCAUCCGCCACCCGCCCACCCCUCGCCUCUACAGCCCGGGACCCCCGGGGGACGGGGACGGAGGGUACAACAUCACGGCUCUGGUCACUGUGGCCACCAAGACGUUCCUGCGCUACGACAAGCUGCGGGCGCUCAUCGCCAGCAUCCGCCGCUUCUACCCCGCCGUCACCAUCGUGGUGGCCGAUGACAGCCAGCGCCCCGAGCCGCUGCAGGGCCCCCACCUCGAGCACUACCUCAUGCCCUUCGGCAAGGUGGGCCGGGGGG